AUGGCACCUCCAAAGAAGAGCGUUAAGAUGGACCUUAACUCGUUCCUGAACGACGAGUCGUUCGGUGAAUCGUGGGCCGAAGAGGAAGUUGAUUUGGAGAAAAUCAACAUCCCAACUCAGUCUACAAGACUGGGAGGUCAGCCCGGUAUGGACCCAUUCAGUGGUGGUCUCGGUGGCGGCAAAGGGUCGCGUUUGGACCCAGCAUUGGGCCCAGAACGCUCUGAAAGAAUGCAGUACGAUAUUCCCAACUAUCCCCCAUACAGAGCUGUGAUCAACAAUUUGCCCUGGGACGUUUCCGAGGAGGGAAUCAAGGCCUGGGUCGAGGACGGAUUGAACAGACCAGGUGCCGUGGAAGACUUGGCUGCUCCUAAAGACUACAACGAGCCUUCCAGACUGAAGGGGUUCGCAUUCGUGACCCUAUGCGACCGUGAAGCGUUGGAGGCUGCCCUAAAGUUCAACGCCACGAAGCUCAAUGAGCGUACAGUGUACGUCUCGGUUGCUGCUCCUAAUAAGGGAGGCUUCAGAGGCAGUGACAGAAUGGGCGGCGGUUUCGACGACAUGGACUGGGGUGCCGCUAGAGGCUCUGCGUUCCAAGGCUCUGCCAGAAGAGAAGAGCCUGAUUUGGACUGGGGUGUGGCCAGAGGAUCUGGUUUCCAAGCUUCUAGUGACAGAAGACCAAGAGAAGAACCGAAUUUGGACUGGGGCGUUGCCAGAGGUUCUGGUUUCCAAGCCUCUAGUGAAAGAAGACCAAGAGCGGAAGAACCAAACAUCGACUGGAGUUCCGCCAGAGGUUCUGGCUUCGAACCUUCCAGCGAAAGAAAGCCAAGAGCACAAGAGCCAAACUUGGACUGGAAUUCCGCAAGAGGCUCCGGAUUCCAGGCUUCCAGUGAAAGAAGACCAAGAAGAGAAGAGCCAGAACUAGAUUGGGGUUCCGCAAGAGGAACCAACUUCCACGAGAGGCCCGCCAGGACGGAAAGAAGAGCAAAACCUGAACCAGAAUUGAACUGGGACGGAGCCAGAGGUUCUAACUUCAACCAGUCGCGUUCUAGCGCGAGAGGUUCUCACUCGAAAACUAAUGCUAAGAGCACUCCUGCGAACAACGCUCAAGAGACCCCAAAAAUCCAAAAGUCUGCGUACGAUGUCCUCGCAACUGAGGACGAUGAUGAUGACGAAACCUCUGAAGAUCCAUCUACUACCAAGGCUUCUGACAAGGACACGAUUGUGGCCGAACUGGAAGAAUCGACCGCUAAACUAUCUGUUGCCGGUAAGGAAGAUCAAGAAUGGGAAACUGUGGGCAAGAAAUAA